GCCUCGUCGUCGCCGCUUUAAUCUCGCUUCGGUUCCGUUUCUCGACGGCUGCCGCCUCACGAGCCGUCGCUCCUCGGGCUCCUUUACGCGCUCACGAGUUCGCGCUACUUUUGCACUCGCCCCCUCCCCCGGCGCCCGCGGAUUCUCAAUUGUCCUAUUCGCACCCCCCGUCUUUGCAACCGAAGCUCUUUUCACCUCCGGUCGAUUUCGGGUAACAGUGAUUCCGUUCGGACACUGCGACGCUCUUGCGCCUCAGUCGGACUUACCGUUGUGUCGUGAUUUUACAAGCGCUCGUUAAGCUGGAAUAUUUCGGACUGUUUUGCAGACAGAAAUUGAUGCUAAUCAACCGAGCUUUCGGAGCCAUUUUGGGAAAGAAAUUCGACGAAGAUGCGAGUGAACUCGACGAUGUUUCCUCAACAUUGAUCUCUCGCCAAUUGAAUCAGCUCUUCAGCCCCUGUUUUUCGACGUUUAGUGAACUUUCUCCAAAAAUGUAACGUUGUGAAAAUACUUUGGACUCUCCCUCUGAACGCGUUUUUAAUAUGAUCGUUGAUUCGCCUAAAAAAUCCUUAUCUGCGGAACAAAUAUGAAGUGAAAUCGCGCUUUCCAUACGAACGAAUUUGUUCACUUUUCGCGCGUGUAUCGGUAUCGUUGGAGAGUGAAAAUUGUGGUAAAUCUUCAACGAAACAUUGAGUUAAAGGUUCGGGCUUCGUCGUUGAAGAAUCUCCUUAAGCAGCGUCGCGUAAAUGCAGCGGCUGCAGCGUCCCUCUUUAUGAAUUAUUCGGCUACCGAUCGUGGCAGAAUGGUGUCUCACGUGGUGCCUGUGUCAGGGGAGUUGCAGCAAGGGAACGGAAACCUCGGUUGUGUGAGUGCGGUCACUGGAAUACACAAUUCUUAUAACGGUCUGAAGAUCAAGCACGAGCCUUUCCAAUUGUCAUCGACUUCGUCACUACCCUCGUUGCAUCAAGUGAGUAAUUUCGUUUCGGAGUUGCCGUCCAACUGCAUGAGCAAAGCGAGCGAAUCGUCGAUGGCGAUCGACGCGUCGGGCAGCGACAUUUCCCGGACUUUGACGUCGCACCAUUUGCCGGGCGAAAGCAAUUCGCAUCACCACACCCAUCAGGGGGAUCAUCGCAGCCCGAACUCGGUGGUUUCGAUUCACAGUUCCUCGCAGUCCCAUCAUCAUUCUCAUCACUAUCAACAGCACCAGCAGCAGCACCAAGGACUCGACGACAAGGACGAGUGUUCGCCUCCAGGAAUUCUGCACAGUUCGACCGGGAGCAACCCGUCGACACCGAACGGAGCAUCCGUUCCGAAUACCGCACCGGAAGCCGCGCACACCAAAAUCUCCAACGGCCCGACAUCCGGAACCCUCGCACCGAGUUCUACUUCCGGAAAACCCCCGUUCAGUUACGUCGCCCUCAUCACGAUGGCGAUCAAUCACAACGUCCACAAAAGAGCCACGCUCCGUGAAAUUUACGCUUACAUCAAAGCCAAAUUUCCUUACUUCCAAGAGAACACGAAAGGCUGGCAAAACUCAAUCAGGCACAAUCUCUCGUUGAACGAGUGCUUCGUCAAAGUUCCCAGAGAAGGCGGCGGCGAAGGAAAAGGCAAUUUUUGGAAACUGGAGGCUGGCUACGAGAAUAUGUUUGAGAACGGAAACUACCGGAGACGGAGACGCAUGAAACGUCCGUACAGGAGUACGCCAUACCAAAAGUCACGUUUCCGAGAUCCUUUUCCACCGUCUCACGUGCACUUUGCCCCGUCGAGGAAUCUUUUCGGACAUUCCCCGCCCUCGUACGCCCCGACGGGAUACACACGUUACGACCCAAGUACUUGGAGUCUUUCUCAGCCUCAAUUAUCCUACGGGCAUUGCCAGGCGCCACAAUUGCAGCCGAUACAAUCGAUGCAAAUACCGACAAUGAACGGUUACAGUCAGCUCGGAACGUCGCUCUCGUUUCAAGGCAAUUAUAUCGAUGUUCCAGGUGGCACUUCCAGCUCGCCGAGUUCGAUGGCGAGCUCCACUUUCGGUGGCAAUUUUCCUGGUUGUGCCAGGCGACACGAGAGUCAAAUGUUCCCUGAUCCGAUGUCCGGGAGAUGUUAUUGGCCGGACAAAACAAAUGUCCACUCUAGUGUUGAACGUGAAGGAAGAGCCGGGCAGCAGUUCACCGAUCGGUGGGUCGAGCACGGUGUCAACGAUGGGUAGCGUUGCUAGCGGGAUCGUUGGUUCGACGACUCCUUCGAGUGUCUCGUCCUCCGGCUUCCAAAGCGUUGAGUUUCGCUUCCGAUAAUUCAAGUGCGUGAUAAAUGAAUGGAAACAAGCGAAUGUAAUUCGCUUCAAUGCGAAAGAUUUAAACGUGUACAGCCUCAGGAAGAGGGAAUAUGCGAAAACGGAAAAUCAUUCAACCGGAUAACCUCAAAGUCGUCACGAUUUCAUCCACAUUGUAAAAGAUUUUUUUUCGCACGUACAUAUUAAAAAUAUACGUAAAAUUGUAAGCGUCUUGGCCCGAGAGACGGAAACAAAAAUGAGGAAAAAAGAAUACAUAAAAUCACUAAUAAUGAUGUUUCACUCGAGUGAUCUCGUUUUCACGAAAAAUGUUUAGAUUAUUGUAAUGACGUCUGAUAAAAAUGUCAAUAUGUUACGGGAGAGAUUGAGAACGAAUGAAUCCAAGCAAUCUAUUAUUAUUGUUAUUUUAUUUCUCAUCAAUUUACUAUAUAAAUAAAACACUAUAAUUAUCAUAAUAAUAAUACCGAAAGUAAUUGUGAUGCCAACUGUAAUAAUACGUCGAUGUAAAUGUAAUUCUUUGUCACGUAAGAUGUAUUGUAUUGAAAAUCGAUUUAAACAUAUGUAGAAUUAUCAUCGUGGUUAUUAUAUAUUUUCUCCAAAAUAUGGAGGGUUAUCGUAAAGAUGUUUGUGUUUAGCUAAGGGACUUGAGGAUAUCAAAUAAACGACUAUUAUUGAUCGUCUA